GUGAAUAUCUUAACUAAACAAAAACUCACGGAAGAGCCGUAUGUGUUUUUCUUCGGGAAAGAGAAACUGCAGAUCAAGUUUGAAAAUAUUACCAAACAAAACGCUGACUUAACGCUGAUAGAAACUGCACAAGUAUUAAUCGGAUUUAUUAGAAUCGAAGUCUUAUAUAUCAUUUUUUAUUUAUUUAUUUUUUGUAUAGAGGGGGAUACUGUGAUUUAUUUGUAUUAUAACGCCGCAAUCUGACGUUAAGAAUAAUAUGUUUAAAUAUUCUCGGAUAAUGCAGACUUAAAUUUCGUUAUCUUUUAGCAAUUGGUAUUGUUCAAAUUGCCUUUCACAACAGUGCUAUACGUUUUGAAUAAUUGUAUUAGAGCCCAAUUGUGCUUAUAAUCGAUUAGUCGGAUAUCUAACGGUUUGGAACGAAAGUUGUUCAAGAAUGACUCUGGCAGUGUUUUUUGGCUGCGCUUUCAUUGCGUUUGGUCCAUCUUUCGCCCUGUUUGUUUUCACUAUCUCCAAAAAUCCAUUGAGAGUCAUUAUUCUGAUCGCAGGGGCAUUUUUCUGGCUGCUGUCUCUGCUGUUGUCUUCUCUGGUGUGGUUCAUCAGCGUUAAGGCCAGUAAUGCGGAGGAUGGGACACUUCAAAGGGGGCUUCUGAUUUUUGGAGUUGUCGUUUCAGUCUUAAUUCAGGAGGUGUUUCGCUUUGCUUAUUAUAAAUUGCUCAGGAAGGCCAACGAGGGUCUGGCAACCAUUAGUGAUGAUGACAGUUCAGCCAUUUCAGUCCAGCAUAUGGCUUAUGUAGCUGGACUGGGCUUUGGGAUAAUGAGUGGUGCAUUCUCAAUGAUCAAUAUCCUGUCUGACUCUCUUGGUCCUGGGACUGUUGGCAUCUUUGGAGACUCGCAGUAUUACUUCAUUACAUCAGCUCUGAUGACUCUGGCACUGACGCUGCUGCACACGUUUUGGGGUGUGGUGUUUUUUGAGGGCUGUGAGAAGAGCCGCUGGUGGGUCAUCGGUUUGGUCGUGUGUCUCCACCUGCUGGUCGCUGGCCUGUCACUGUUGAACCCACUGUAUGAGGGAAGUCUGCCUCCUGUAUAUGUAAUCAUGCUGCUGAUGGGCAUCUGGGCAUUCUUCUCAUCUGGAGGGUCAAUGCAAAACCUCACUGCUCUCUACACACGUCAUGGCUUAUUUUUCAAUUAUACCAUGGGUCUGUUGAAUGCUUGAUUCUGAUGGUUGACAGAUGUUCUAAGGCAGGAAAGCAGAAGAGGAAUCUUCAUAAGAGAUUUUUUGUUGUUGUGUCAGUGAGACACAGGACAAUAGAACAGCUGCUCGUCUGAAUCGCAGCUGUUUGUGGAAGAGCACAUUCACCAGCUUAAUCCAAACGAGAUCAGACAGCCCCUCCAACAUGACUGAUCUAACAGAGCAAACAGGAUUUUCACAGAAACGCUGUACAUGUACAUUAAUCCUAUUGCUCAUGAAUGAGAUAUUCUGAUUGGAUAGAAUCAAGAAGUUUUUGAUGAAUUAUUUUUAAUAUUCCAUAUUUUGUUUAAAAGCAGUUUUCUUUUUUGAAUAUGUCAUGUAUAUUCCAAAUUAAGCUUUAUAGUAAGGCCAUUUUAAAGGGAUUAAAAUAGAUGUACCCUACUUAACCUGAGUAAAAGAGUGUGAAAUUGUUGCCGUUUUCACACUCUUCAACUUGUUAUGGAUAUUGCACACAUUUUUGCACAUAGAGACACGUGCAUUAGCAAUUCUUUACAUUGUUCUCUGUGCAUUUAUGUGUCACAUUCACAUUUAAACAGUUCUUAAAUCCAGUGGAACAAACGUCUUAAGCAGAUCAGUGUCUAAUUAUAAAAAAAUGUUGUGUGCAUUUUUUGUAUUUCUCAGCUUUGAAAGUCAUUUUUGAUGAAUGUCUUGGAUUAAGUUUGAUUUAUUUGUAGUUCAUUUGGUCUGUAUAAAACAGGAAUAACAGCAGCUAACACAUACUAUAACAACAUCCUCUGAUCUCUGAACAGACUGUUGAAGACUCCAUUCUCUAUAUAUUUAUAAAAGUUGAAGGCAACCUUUACAUUUAUGGACAGAUCCUUCUAUUUAUUUAGUAAUAUUAAUUUAAAAAUUGGUGCUGGCAUAUGGUCCUGUCAGGUUGUGAAUUCAUCAUGUAUAGGAUGGUUCUCUUGUACCAUCAUCCAGUUAUUUGGGACCUUCACAACGAUAUUCAGCUGAGAUCACUUUUUCCUGCUUGUUUGUCUGCUGAGUAAUUAAGAGUUGGAAUUAUUGUAAAUAGUAUUACACACAACAUAGCUUUAAUACCUUUACCAGCACACUAACAUCACGUUUUGUUACACGUACAAUAUUUUUUCAAUCUUUGUUUUUUUAAGACUUUCACCAAAACACCAAUGGUACGUCAUAGACCCCAGCGAAAGCUGUGCUGGUUUUACAGUUCUUGUGUAGCUCUUGUAUAUUGUCCAGUUGGACAAUAUUAAGUAAUGCUCAGUUUGGUGCUUUAAAUGUUCUGUUUUUUAUCAGACAUCAUAUCAGACAGCUCUUUAAACACUGUACUGCCUUUAAUAAGCACCAAAAUGCAGUAUGCUCCCUGUCCUAGUGAAAGUUUGUGAAUGUUAAUGUAUUUCUUGCAGGUUCUACCAAUUUAACAAAUCUACCAAAUACUAACAGUGAUCGAGACAACACAGAUUAUUAUGUUAAUAACAACAGAGAAAUGUUCUGAUGAGGAAAUUAGGAAUGGAAAUAAAUGAAGUAUAAAGAUGG